GUUCCAACCUCCCAAUCAAAACCUUGAAUGGAAACGAACAAACGAAAUGAGAAAACAACUGGGUUUAAUGAAAUCACCAUGGAAACCCUACGUGAUAGGGCUGUUACAAUGAGGGAUUGUCUCGCAAGGAGUCAGAUAAUCACCGACAGCAUGACCUCCAUCCUCGGCUCCUUCGAUCUCCGCCUCUCUGCCCUCGAAACCGCCAUGCGCCCGACCCAGGUGAAAACGCAUUCAAUGAGGAAGGCACAUGAGAACAUCGAUAAGACAUUGAAGUUCGCCGAUGCAAUUUUGAUCCAAUUUGAGCUUACUAAACAGGCGGAGGCUGUGAUUCUGAAAGGUCCACAAGAAGAUUUGCAGAGUUAUCUAGAAGCAGUUGGUCAGCUGAAAACCAUCGUUCGAUUUUUUAGUACAAAUAAAAACCUCAAGACCAGUAUCGGAGUGAUUACACAUGCCACAACCUUGCUUCAAAAAGCUUCCAUGAUGCUUGAAGACGAAUUCCGUCAGCUAUUAUCGUCAUACAGUAAACCUGUGGAACCUGAUCGUCUUUUAGACUGCCUACCUGCUUCUCUUCGACCAACACCACCAACUGCUCAUGGUGAAGGUGUCAGGAAAAAUCCUGCAGAUCACCAUAAAGAUUUAGAAAAUGUUGUUUAUCGCCCUCCCACUCUCAUCCCACCUCAAGUUACACCAUUGCUGCAUGAUCUAGCUCAACAAAUGCAUCAAGCUGGCCAUCAACAGCAAGUAUUUAUGAUUUACAGGGAAGCACGAUCUGCAUGUAUGGAAAGCAGCCUUAGAAAACUUGGAGUAGAAAAGCUCCAUAAAGACGAUGUCCAAAGGAUGCAGUGGGAGGUUCUCGAGGCUAAAAUAGGAAAUUGGAUUCAUUUCGUGAGAAUUGCUGUAAAACUACUAUUUGCUGCAGAAAGGAAAGUAUCUGAUGAAGUUUUUGAAGGAAUGAAAUCUUUCAUGGACCAAUGUUUUGCAGAAGCAACUUCAACCAGUGUUUCUUUACUUCUAAGUUUUGGGGAAGCCAUAGCCAAAAGCAAAAGGUCACCUGAAAAGUUAUUUGUUCUUCUUGACAUGUAUGAGAUAAUGAAAGAAGUUCAACCAGAGUUUAAUACCCUUUAUGAAAGUAUAUCUGGAGCUGAAAUGAGAGAAUCUGUUUCUGCUUUAACAAAACGUUUAGCUGAAACAGCUCAAGAAACUUUUGUUGAUUUUGAAGAAGCUGUUGAAAAAGAUGCCACUAAAACUGCUGUUCUUGAUGGAACUGUUCAUCCUUUGACUAGUUAUGUUAUUAAUUAUGUCAAAUUCUUAUUUGAUUAUCAGUCAACAUUGAAGCUACUAUUUCUAGAGUUUGAACAAAUCGAUCCAGAUGCACAGCUGGCAAAAAUAACAAGAAGAAUAAUGCAAGCUUUACAAAAUAAUUUGGAUGGAAAAUCUAAGCAGUAUAAAGAUCAAGCUUUGACUCAAAUAUUUAUGAUGAAUAAUAUUCAUUACAUUGUUAGAUCUGUACGAAGGUCAGAAGCAAAGGAAAUGUUAGGAGAUGACUGGGUACAAAUCCACCGAAGAGUCGUACAACAACAUGCAAACCAAUACAAGAGAAUUUGUUGGUCUAAGAUAUUACAGUGUCUGACAGUACAGGUGGCAGGCAAUGAUGGGACAAGCACCGCGGGUGUUUCAAGGGCAACAGUAAAAGAAAGAUUCAAAACUUUUAAUAAUCAAUUUGAGGAAUUGCAUCAAAGGCAAUCUCAAUGGAGUGUUCCCGAUAGUGAGUUACGUGAGUCUUUGAGACUCGCGGUUGCUGAAGUCCUUUUGCCCGCUUAUAGAUCUUUUAAAAAAAGAUUCGGGCCUAUGAUUGAGGGUGGUAAAAAUCCGUCAAAAUACAUAAAGUUAACGCCGGAGGAUAUUGAGCGAAUGUUGGCUGAAUUUUUCGAAGGAAAAACAUUGCAUGAUCAAAAACGUUAGAACUUAGGAU